AUGAAUGACACCACGGAGGAAAACCAGGGAAACCAAGACACCACGGAGGAAAACCAGGGAAACCAAGACACCACGGAGGAAUACCAAGCACUCCAGGACAACCAGGAGGCUCAGGACACCCAGGAGGCCCCGGUACUCCAGAACAACCAGGCGAGCCAGGUGAACCAGGACAACCAGGCUAUCCAGGCACUCCGGGAAGCCCAGGCACUCCAGGAGAACCAGGUCACCCAGGACACCCAGGCACUCCGGGAAGCCCAGGCACUCCGGGUAGCCCAGGCACUCCGGGUAGCCCAGGCGCUCCAGGAGAACCAGGUCACCCAGGAUAUCCAGGACACCCAAGCGGUCCGGGAAGCCCAGGCACUCCGGGUAGCCCAGGCAAUCCAGGAGAACCAGGUCACCCAGGAUAUCCAGGACACCCAGGCACUCCGGGAACCCCAGGCACUCCGGGAAGCCCAGGCACUUCAGGAGAACCAGGUCACCCAGGACAUCCAGGACACCCAGGCACUCCGGGAAGCCCAGGUACUCCGGGAAGCCCAGGCACUCCAGGAGAACCAGGUCACCCAGUACCCACCACAACCACAAGAACCGCAGAGCCCACAAAAACCACAGAAACCACAAGAACCGCAGAGCCCACAAGAACCGCAGAGCCCACAAAAACCACAAGAACCGCAGAACCCACAAAAACCGCAGAAACCACAAAAACCACAACCAAACACUCCAGGGCAGAACCCACAACAAGGCCCAGGUGCUCCAGUAGGAGGACAGCCCCGAAAACCACACACUCCAGGACAGUACCCACCACAACCACAAGAACCGCAGAGUCCACAAGAACCGCAGAGCCCACAAAAACCACAGAAGCCACAAGAACCGCAGAACCCACAAAAACCGCAGAAACCACAAAAACCACAACCAAACACUCCAGGGCAGAACCCACAACAAGGCCCAGGUGCUCCAGUAGGAGGACAGCCCCGAAAACCACACACUCCAGGACAGUACCCACCACAACCACAAGAACCGCAGAGCCCACAAGAACCGCAGAGCCCACAAGAACCGCAGAGCCCACAAGAACCGCAGAGCCCACAAGAACCGCAGAGCCCACAAAAACCACAGAAGCCACAAGAACCGCAGAACCCACAAAAACCACAACCCCCACAAGAACCACAAAAACCGCAGAGCCCACAAGAACCACAGAGCCCACAAGAACCGCAGACCCCACAAAAACCGCAGAAGCCCCAAGAACCGCAGAAACCGCAGAGCCCACAAGAACCGCAGAUCCCACAAAAACCACAGAAGCCACAAGAACCGCAGAACCCACAAAAACCGCAGAAGCCCCAAGAACCGCAGAGCCCAGAAAACCCGCAGAACCCACAACCAAACAUUCCAGGGCAGAACCCACAACAAGGCCCAGGUGCUCCAGGACAACCAGGACAUCCAGGAUACCCAGGCGCUCCGGGUAGCCCAGGUACUCCAGGAACCCCAGGCACUCCGGGAACCCCAGGCACUCCGGGAACCCCAGGCACUCCGGGUAGUCCCGGCACUCCGGAAUGCCCAGGCACUCCAGGAAGCCCAGGCACUCCAGUAGGCCCAGGCACUCCGGGAACCCCAGGCACUCCGGGAACCCCAGGCAUUCCGGGAACCCCAGGCACACCGGGUAGCCCAGGCAUUCCGGGAAGCCCAGGCACUCCGGGAACCCCAGGCACUCCGGUAGGCCCAGGCAUUCCAGGAAGCCCAAGCACUCCGGGAACCCCAGGCACUCCGGGAACCCCAGGCACUCCGGGAACCCCAGGCACUCCGGUAGGCCCAGGCACUCCGGUAGGCCCAGGCACUCCAGGAACCCCAGGCACUCCGGGAACCCCAGGCACACCGGAAACCCCAGGCACUCCGGAAACCCCAGGCACUCCGGAAACCCCAGGCACUCCGGGAACCCCAGGCACUCCCGAAACCCCAGGCACUCCGGAAACCCCAGGCACUCCGGAAACCCCAGCCACUCCGAAAACCCCAGGUACUCCGGGAACCCCAGGCACUCCGGGAACCCCAGGCACUCCGGGAACCCCAGGCACGCCGGGAACCCCAGGCACUCCCGAAACCCCAGGCACUCCGGGAACCGCAGGCACUCCGGGUAGCCCAGGCACUCCGGGAACCCCAGGCACACCGGAAACCCCAGGCACUCCGGAAACCCCAGGCACUCCAGAAACCCCAGGCGCUCCGGGUAGCCCAGGCACUCCGGGAACCCCAGGCACUCCGGGAACCCCAGGCACUCCGGGUACCCCAGGCACUCCGGGAACCCCAGGCACUCCCGAAACUCCAGGCACUCCGGAAACCCCUGGCACUCCGAGAACCCCAGGCACUCCGGUAGUCCCAGGCACUCCGGGAACCCCAGGCACUCCGGGAACCCCAGGCACUCCCGAAACCCCAGGCACUCCGGAAACCCCAGGCACUCCGGGAACCCCAGGCACUCCGGAAACCCCAGGCACUCCGGAAACCCCAGGCACUCCGGAAACCCCAAGCACUCCGGAAACCCCAGGCACUCCGGGAACCCCAGGCACUCCGGGAACCCCAGGCACUCCGGGAACCCCAGGCACUCCGGGAAUACCAGGCACUCCGGAAACCCCAAGCACUCCGGGUAGCCCAAGCACUCCGGAAACCCCAGGCACUCCGGAAACCCCAGGCGCUCCGGGUAGCCCAGGCACUCCGGGAACCCCAGGCACUCCGGGAACCCCAGGCACUCCGGGAACCCCAGGCACUCCGGGAACCCCAGGCACUCCGGGAACCCCAGGCACUCCGGGAAGCCCUGGCACUCCGGGAAAACCAGGUAGACCAGGCAAGCCGGGCCAUGGAAAGGUCUGUGUAUGCUACGACAGCAUCGAAGAUAUCCCACGGAACGUCCGCCGCCAGAUCGGAGUCCAUUUUAAAUAG